CGCUGCUCUGCGUCUGCGCAUGCGCAGUUCUGCCCCAAAACAUGGCGACUCGGAGCUGUGAAAAGUGCUGAAUUCUCGCCACAUUUCGACAAAAUCGCGAAGGUUUGCAUUGAGAUCUCUUCAGUAUCUCAGUAGUUUUUGCAGAAGCUGAUGGUCAGCAUGGGCCGUACGGCACUGAAAGAUCAGAAAGACAGUAAGAAAGAUAAGACAGGCAGAAGUAUGGCCCUCACAGGUCCUGGACCAGUCAAAGUGACUGAGUCGUUCUUAUGGGAGGAGUAUUUAAAAGAGACGUCUGCUGUUCCCGCCCCUCCCAGCUCUUUCAGACAGUCUCGGAUUCCCCCGUCUAAUGACUUCAAAGCCGGUAUGAAACUGGAAGCUCGGGACCCUCGUAACUCCACCUCCACCUGCAUCGCCACGGUGAUGGGCAUGAUGGGCGUGAGGCUGCGCCUACGUCUGGAUGGCAGCGACAACACCAAUGACUUCUGGCGAUUGGUUGACUCCUCUGACAUACAGCCAAUUGGAACCUGCGAGAAGAACGGAGAUAUGCUACAACCACCACUAGGUUUCAGGAUGAACGCCUCGUCGUGGCCCAUGUUCCUCCUCAGGACUCUGAAUGGAGCUGAAAUGGCUCCUGCGAUGGCAUUUAAAAAGGAGCCCCUGCGGCCUCCUCAGAACGGCUUUAAACCCGGCAUGAAGUUGGAAGCCGUGGACAAGAAGAAUCCGUACCUGAUCUGCCCGGCCACCAUCGGCGAGGUGAAGGGUGAAGAAGUCUUCGUGAUGUUCGAUGGUUGGAGAGGAGCGUUUGAUUACUGGUGUCGGUACGACUCGAGAGAUAUCUUCCCUGUGGGCUGGUGUGGUGUAACCAAACACAGCCUGCAACCACCCGGCAACAGCAUCUCCAUUCCGAAGCCUCUUCCUACACCGUCCUCUUCCUCAACGUUCUCCGGCUCCAAACCGACACGACGCUCCAUGCAGGCUCCGUAUCGUCUGUCCAUGCCUCUUCCUCAGCUCCCGGUGCGUAAGGGCAUCAGAGGAAGACGGCCGAAGAGCGAGACCAUCGCGCUGAUGAAAGCCCUCGCCGUUUCUGCCGCCGCCCAGGACACGGACUCAUCGGCAGGGGUCACGCCCCAAAUCACACCCGUCACCCAGCUCAUCCCUCGCCCGUACAAGAAGAGGGGACCUAAACCGGGCAGCAAGAGGAAGUCCAGGAUGUUUCCGAGCUCCAUGUGUAUAGCAGCGACCUCAGACUUAAGAGUGCCCACGUCUCAGAUGAGCGCUGACGGACCGUCCACUGUGGGUUCCCCAUCGUCUGUGGUUUCUACCGUCUGUGUGUAUGUGAACAAACACGGGAACUGCGGCCCACAUUUGGACCGUAAGCAGGUUCAGAGACUCCCGGAUCAUUUCGGGCCGGAGGCGGUGAAUCUUGUCUUACAGCAGACGGUUCAGGCCUGUUUGGACUGCGCUUACCAACCCAAAGUUCUUCUGGGAUGCCUACAGAGUCAAGGAGGGAGCGGAGAGGUGGUCAAGGUGCGCACAGAUGGAGGGACGCGGCUGGUGAAACUUCCAUCUGCAUCCAGCGCUGCAUUCGUGUUGCGUUUCUUGGAGCUGGUGUGUCGACACCUGAUGUGUGAUAAUCUGUUCAGCAGUCAACCGUUCAGUCCACACAACACUUAUGACCGCGGUAAAUCGGUGAAAGAGGAGCUGAUGUCAGACGCUAUGAACAGAGGAGUAAAGCGGAUCUCCAGAGAUUCUCCUCCAUACUGCGCUCCUCUCUCUCCAAAACUCCUUCACACAGACACACACCCAUCAGAAGCUGGAACUCUUCCACCAGAGGAGAAUGGAUUACUGAAGGAACAGAGCUUCAUGGACUCCGCCUCCAAUUCCAUGACGCCCCGCCCACAGACCUUGAGAAGCACCUCAGAAUAUCAGUCUCCACCCAGCAGCCCGUAUUACCAUGGCAACGCUCCACCCCUGCGACGACAGGCCUCCAACCCCCCAACACAGACACACAGACGGGUAGAGGCAGCGAGCUCUACCACAGGUCCUGAUGCUGGUGCAGAUCGUGAUGGUUCGAGGACCUCGGGCAGAGCUCCCUCCUCCUGGUCUAUAGAGGAAGUGAUGCAGUUCGUACGAGACGCAGACCCCACAGCUUUGGCUCCACACGCUGAACUCUUCCGGAAACACGAGAUCGAUGGAAAAGCGCUGAUGUUACUACGCAGUGACAUGAUAAUGAAGUACAUGGGUCUGAAACUCGGGCCUGCGCUUAAACUCUGUCAUCACAUCGAGAGACUGAAGCAAGGCAAACAGUAAACACACACACACACACACUGUUUAGACUGGAUUAAACUGGAUCAGACCAGCAAUCUCACAACCACACCAGAACAGAGGGGGUUGAUGGGUAAUGAGUGUGUGCUGUUAACACACUACACUGCUGGACACAUUUCUCUCUCCAGGAUAUCCAUUAACUUUACAUUCACCAGAGACUGAUGAGGAACAUUCUGUGGAGUCUGUGGAGAUACAGAAAUGAUAAUCCACCCUAGUACCUCCUCAUUUUAGAGAACGCAGAGACGGAUCGCUGGAGUUGGUUCUUACAGGACACUUAUCUUAUCAAGUCUGAUGGUCUUUGUUUAUAUCACUACCUCCCGGUGAUGUCAUCCCUUACGAAAAUGAACCAGAGGUGGACGCUACUUAAGUAUUUUACUUACAAAGCGCUGUACAGAAACCGUUAAAACAACGAAGAUAAAGCACACAAAAAAGAUUAACCUAAAAAAAAUGAGUUUUAAGAUGAGAUUUACAAAUAUUAAGAGAUUUAGAUUACAAUUCUUUACCGACUGAGAUUAGGCAAAGUUUUUGAGCUAACACAAAAGUGUUGAUCAAUCACUCAGCAAUAAUGAAUGACAGCAUUGGACGCAAUCUGGCAAUAUUUCUAAGAUGGAAGAAGAAUGAAAUUUUAACAGUAUCUCAAGCGAUAGAUUGGCAUCAAAAUGUAUUUCUAGAUUCCUUGGUUUAGUUUGAAACUCCACAUUUGAACCAUCAGGAGUUACAGUGACCGCCUCAGCUUUGCGUAGUUGGUGGGGUGAACCAACAAGCAUAAUCUUAGUCUUUUCACUGUUUAGAGAAAGAAAAUGAUCUGUCAUCUAUUACCUUAGAAAUACACUCAGAAAGACAAUUAACGGGCACAAUUUCAUUAGGUCUGAAUAGAAAUUAAAUUUUAAACCAGGAGAUCUCAAAAGCUGGCCAAAAGGAUAAACAUAAAUAUUAAAAAGAAGAGGGCCCAAAAUUGACCCCUGGGGGAUGCCAGACUGCACAACAUUAACCUAAAGCAUAUAAUCAUACUGUUAAUCAUUACAUAAAUCAUUACAUAAAAAUUGUUUGCUUUCGUACUUUUAUUCAAGUAAUUAUUUAAGAAAAAAAUACUUUUACUUAAGUAAUUUACUAGAUGUUUAAUGUACUUACAUAAUAAAUGUAAAACAAAAACUUGUAUUUAUGAAUUGUAGUGGAGUAAAAAUUAUGAUAUUAUGCUUUGGAAUUUAUGCUUUCCAAAGAAACACUAAUAAAAUAUGAAUACUUGAAAAAGGUACUGAAGUAGAAAGUAAAAAUACUUAAUUACUGUCCACCUCUGAAAUUAACCAUGGUUUUUACUACACUUAAAACCAAACUUUGGUUUUCCUAAGAGUAAUCAAUACACCAAAAAACAUGGUUCAUGUUUGUAAGGGAUCAUACUCUGCCACAGGGUUUGUGGGUCUAUGAUAUAAAAUAUUUCUGUUUCGUUUUUAAAAACCAAAAGUCCUGCAUCAUAGGAAAUUUGUGGAUGUUAUAUAUUCAGUUCCCAUGAUGCAUUCACAAGCAAACUGUGCAUUUGAAUAACAGUAAAGGUGAACUGAAAAACAUUUUCUCACCCUCGUGUCCUUCCAAAUCUGUUUGAAUUUCUUCCAUGAAACACAAAUUUUUUUGAUCAUAUUUUGUAAUGAAAUCCAAACGAACCCAAAAAAAGUUGUUUGGGUUUUAAGCAACAUGAGGCUGAAUAAAUGAUGACCGAAUAAAUGAGUGUUCAUAGGACUUCUGUCAGCAGGUGAAUCCACUGUUUUUACAUCACAUUUUAAAGUUUAACAUGAAAUAAAGGAGGGUAUCUCAAAAUGUUGUAGAAAAUAUGAUCAGAGUUUUCCAACCAGUCUGACAGCACUAAUGUGAAAACCAGACGUUUAUUUUUAACAGAGCAGAUAUCUGCUGUCUAAACCCUCAGAUUGUCUUUUAUUAAUCGAUCUCUGUCUGUCUUUCUGUUGUAUAUCCAAUAUAACCAAUGAUUUUUUUUCCUGUCAUUCAGUUUUAACUCUGAAUUUAGUCUUGUAUUUAUGUUCCAGAACAUUCAGAGGAGUUUUAAGAUGUUGUUUGAUUUGUCUUUUUUUUACAGAAACUACUUUCAUUCGAGUCCUCUGUUAUAAUGUUUGUAUUCUGUCAGGAUUUGAUUCAAUGUAGACGUGAACUGUCAGACGUCCUCUCCAGAUGAAGCAGUAUUUAAAACACUGUAUUACAACAGUGUAAAACCAAUGGGUUUGAUAGAUAAACCCAAAGAACUGAAAGUGGUCAUCAGUUUAAAAUCUUCUAUCACUGCUGUAGUGUCAUUGAAAUAUCACUUUAAUGGCGUAACACGACUGCCGGUGUGUUCGAUUUCAACUGUAUCUCCCAAGUUUUUAUUUUUUUUAAUGCUCAUUGUUAGACCAGACCUGAGUGGUGUACUAUGGAUCUAACCUUAAACCUCAGCAACACGAAUGUACAUUUUUGUAGAGAAGAAAUAUUUUAAACUACACGCGUUGUAUGGGGAGGCGGGGCAUGUGAAGAUGAUUUUUGUGGGGUGGGCGGGGGGGUUGGUUUUUGUGGCUCUUGUUGUUAAAUGAACCUUGUACUACCUUCCGAUGCUUUUUACUGGGAGGAAACAUCCAUUUUAAAGGACUACAUUUAAAUGGCCUCUGCUUUCCUUUGACACUUCUCAGGUUUCCGCCGUCUUUUGUAACGUAGCAUUUCAAGUUAGUUGUGAAUAUGACGUCUGUACGUUUUAGUUAAGAACAUGCAUUUGUAAUAUUGUGCCAUAUAGUAAAUGACAUGAUUGGAUACCAAUAACAUCUGAAGAAAGAUCAAAUAAUCAUCACACUUUCGUCUUGGUACCGAUGAUAUUUUUAAUCAUGUUUUUAAAGAUAAUGCAUUGUUCACAUACACAUUUUCAACAUUUUAAACGAUACAAAUAAUAAAUAAAUAAUUUAAACAUGAAA